AUGCCCUUCCGAACAGCAAUCUGGGUAUGGUCAAUUUCUAUCGCCGGUUACUCCCGCACUGUGCCGACACCAUCCUGCCGUUCCAAACGUUCAUUUGAGCUGUCUGCAGACGUCCUCACUGCUUUUGACAAGUUGAAGGUUGUCCUGGCCGACGCCACCCUCCUCACCCAUUUUUCUCCCGAUGCUCUCAUUUCCCUUAUGGAUGACGCCUACAAUGUAGCAGUAGGUUCGGCUCUCCAACAGCACUUUGCAGGCCGCACCCAACCGUUACCCGCCGAGACGUGUUAUAGCACAUUUGGACGGGAGCCCCUUUCUGUUUUUCUCGCGGUGAAACACUUCCGGCACUUCUUUGAGGGCAGGGACUUCACUGUGUUCGCGGAUCACAAGCCCCUUUAGUUCGCUCUCAAGUUCACGUCAGAUAAGCUCAACCACGGGGAAAUUCGCCAACUGGACUACAUCUCACAGUUUACCUCAGACAUCCGCCACAUCAACGAGUCACGCAAUGAGGUGGCGGAUGCACUGUCCAGACCCUCCAUCGCACAUCUCGAACUUUCUCCCGGGAUCGGACCUAUGUACCAUGGCUGCCGAACAACACCCAGUUGGUUCUUCCUGUGACGAGGACGUUUCCGGACUACAAAUCCAGGACCUGCCAUUGACUACUGCACCAUUCUAUGCGACGUCUCCACCACUUUCCAUCGUCCCUUUUUGCCGCCAUCCCUCCGCCGCAAAGUCUUCUCCUCCCUGCACAACUUUUCUCACCCUGGGAGUCGAGUUACCGAUAAGCUGGUUUGCAAGCGCUUCGUUUGGCCUGGGAUGCACAAGGACCUGAAGGCAUGGACACGGGCGUUUUUCGGCUGUCAACGGAAUAAGGUCCAACGGCACAACAAAGCUCCCAUUGGCGCCUUCAUUACUCCGGACGCACGGUUCAGUCAUGUUUACCUGGACAUUGUAGGCCUCCUGGCUCUGUCCAAUGGCUGUUCCUAUCUCCUUACCUCGUGCAUCAAUUCACCCAGUGGCCGGAAGCUAUUCCCUGACUGAUGUGGCUGCUCCAACAUUCAUCAAUGCUUUCCUCAGUCGCUGGGUUACCAUCUUUGGUGACCCUCCAAUAUCACGACCGACCGCGGUGCCCAAUUUGAAUCUAAUCUCUUAGAGUGUCUUCUCUACUUAUUAGGCUAUACUCCAUCCGCACUACAGCCUAUCAUCCGUCAGCCAACUAGAGGUUCAAGCGGUUUCACCGCCAGCUGAAGGCAUCCCUAUGCGCCGCAGACGAUCCGGAGAGCUGAACAGACCACCUCCCCCUAGUCCUCCUCCCUCAAGUCGGACCUUGACUGUUUUGCUGCUGCACUCGUGUUCGGUGCCACCGUCCGACUGCCUGGUGAGAAUAUCUCGCCAACCCCGCGAUUUGCAAUUGAGGAUCCUACCAACCUCCUGCACAGCCUCCGGCAAUUCAUGCGGACACUUUCCCUUGUUCCGCUCCGGCCAUCCGUCUCCAGUCUUACCUCGAGCAAGAUUUGGCGACAUGCUCUUACGUCUACCACCGAUGUGAUCGAGUCCGCCGGCCCCUGGAACCAACCAACGACGGCCGCUUCUAAGUUAUCUCUCGUGGGACGAAGAACUUCCGCAUCCAACGCGGAACUCGCGCGGAGGUCGUGA